AGAGUUGUAGAGAAAAUGGAGAGAGAAACAGAAUUAGCUGAAGAGAAGCCAAGAAAGGGUGGUCUUAGAACCAUGCCUUUCAUAAUCUUGAAUGAAUCAUUUGAGAGAAUAGCAAGUUAUGGUUUAGUAAUGAACAUGAUAAUCUAUUUGAUGACAUAUUAUAAUAUGAGUGCCGCUACUGGUACUAGUAUUCUUGCAUUAUGGGCUGCACUUUCAAAUGGAUUAGCCAUUGUUGGUGCAAUUGUUGCUGAUUCUUACUGCGGUCGAUUUAAAGCUGUUGCCUUUGGAUCCAUCUCCACUCUUAUUGGAAUGAUUAUACUAUGGCUCACAGCUGUGAUUCCGCAACUCAAGUCUUUACCUUGCUCUCAGUUCCAACAUGUUUGUAAUGGAACAACAACAAUCCAGCUUGCUGUUCUAUUUUCAUCUUUUGUGUUUAUGUCAAUUGGAACUGGUUUUGUUAGACCUUGUUCUAUAAUAUUUGGUGCUGAUCAAUUGGGGGAAAAAGAGAACCAUGAGAACCAGAGGGUUCUCGAUAGUUAUUUUAAUUGGUACUAUGCUAGCACGGGGAUUUCAACUAUUCUUGCAGUUACAGUGAUCGUUUAUAUUCAAGAUCGUUAUGGUUGGAAAGUUGGCUUUGGUAUCCCUGUUAUCCUAAUGUUUUUGUCUGUCUCAAUGUUCCUAAUCGGUUCUCCUCUUUAUGUCAAAGUGAAAGCUAAAGAAAACUUGCUCAUAGGAUUGCUUCAAGCAAUUGUAGCAGUUUAUAGGAAAAGAAAUACUCGUCUUACAUUGACUGAUUGUGAUAACUACUAUCAUUCGCCACUUGAAUCCGAGAUCUUGACGCCAUCAAAUGACUUCAGGUGUUUGAAUAGAGCUUGUGUGAUUGAAGAUCCUCGAAAAGAUUUGAAUCCUGAUGGAUCAGCUUCGAAUCCAUGGAGUCUUUGUAGUGUGGAACAAGUUGAAUUACUGAAGGCUCUUAUUAGAGUACUUCCUAUGUGGUCCACUGGUUUUAUGAUUUUUGUGGCUUUAAGUCAAUUUUCAUCCGUACUUCAAGCAAAGACCAUGGAUAGACAUAUCUUCCCUCAACUUGAAAUACCAGCAGCAUCAUUCAGUGUAUUCAUGAUUAUUGCUUUAACAAUCUGGAUUACCUUCUACGAUCGUGUUUUGGUCCCUUUGCUAUCAAAAUAUACUGGACAGCCAAGAGGGCUAAGUCCUGUCAUCCGAAUGGGUAUUGGCUUAAUAGUCACCUGUAUGUCUAUGGCGUUGUCAGCAAUAACAGAAAGCAUAAGACGACAAUGUGCAAUAGAGGAAGGACAUGAGGACGACCCAAGUGCGUUAGUGAACAUGUCUGCUAUGUGGCUCGUACCACAGUAUGCACUACUCGGAGUGGCUGAGGCUUCCCAUGCUGUUGGACAGAUUGAGUUCUUCUACUCUCUGUUACCCAAAAGCAUGUCCAGCAUGGCAUCAGCUAUGUACACUGUUGGGACUGCUGUGUCGAGUUUGGUUGUAAGUAUUCUGGUGAGUGGUGUGGAUUGGCUUUCAUCAACUGGAGGCAAAACUAGCUGGCUUUCGAGCAACAUUAAUAGGGGUCACCUAGAUUACUAUUUCUGGCUACUUACUUUUUUGAGUUUGCUCAACUUCUUCUAUUUUCUGCUCAUCUGCCGGUUAUAUGAACCUGACAAUGAUGGGAGCAGUAGGUUAUCUCAUGAGGCAGAAGAAACACAAUGUGAUUAUACGCUUUUACUUGAAUCUUGAUGAUAUGUUGUACUGUCUUGCUGAAUAAUAUACUACUAUGCUAGCUUAGGUUUCUGUAUA